GGGUGCUGCUGUGAAGUAGCGGAUAGGAUCACCCCGCAGGUGAAUACCCGCCUUCAUCUUGAACCAUUCAUUGCAUUACAUCGCUCUGGAACUGCCUAGACGUUCUUAAAGCCGAUAUAAAGCAGCGGUCUUCGUAUAUCUGGAUUAAAUAGUGUGGCGUAGAGCCUUACAUUACACCGAGAAGUUUACUUAACAAAAACAUGCUGUAAGGUGGAUGUGGAAAAGUGGGGGUCUCGUUAUGUGAUGACAUCAUGACGCAGACGUGGACUACGUGCUUUGUACUUGGAUUUCUCGCCAGAAUGGUGAUCUCGUCUAAGGAGAAACAGUUAAUUAAGCAGCUGCUGAAUACGUAUGAUACAGUUGGCCGAUUAGGACGCCCUGUGAAUGACAGCGAGGACAAGUUGGUGGUAGAAUAUGGUCUUACCUUGGUACAGAUCCUGGAUUUGGAUGAACGUAACCAAGUCCUCACCACGAACGUCUGGGGGACGUAUCGUUGGAAAGACAUUCUGCUCAGCUGGGAGAAUGAAUCCAGCGCAUUUGCCAAUAUUUCUUCGGUCCGCGUGCCAAGGAAUAAAAUAUGGAUGCCAGACAUAAUGCUGUACAAUUAUGCUGAUGAACGUUUGACAGAGAUGCGAGACGCCCUGGCUGUUGUGUACCGUGACGGUACCGUUCUGUGGGUACCCCAGGCCGUCUACAAGAGCUCUUGUUCAAUCGACAUCACAUUCUUUCCUUUUGAUGAGCAGGAAUGUUAUAUGAAAUUCGGUUCCUGGACAUACAAUGGCGACAAACUGGAUGUGGAGUUUUUUGAUAACUAUACAGGUUUUGAUCUGACUGACUAUGUGCCCAGUAAUGAAUGGGAGAUUGUGGAGCACAGAGCCAGGAAGAACGUAAAGUACUACGUGUGUUGUCCCGAACCAUACCCUGACCUAAGAUUCACCUUAAAACUUCGCCGGAAGGUGGCCUUUUAUAACUACAUUCUGAUCUUACCCUGCGUGCUGCUAUCGUCCCUCACCCUUGUUCUCUUCUGGUUACCCCCGGAGUCCCCGGCUAAGAUGCAGUUAGGUAUGAACAUUUUUGUUGCGUUUUUCGUCCUGCUGCUUCUCUUGGCCGAGUCCACGCCCCCAGCCGCCACAUCCAUACCCUUAAUAGGUGCCUAUUAUUGCCUUAAUAUGAUACUCAUCACCCUGUCGACAUUUUUGUCCGUGAUUGUGGUGAAUUUGUAUUUCCAUGGAAACAGAUCCAGAGUUCCACUUAUUGUCAAGAAGAUUAUGAUCAACGUCUUGGCUAGGAUAUUGUGUAUGCACAGUCAAGUGAAACACGUAAGCACAACGAGGGAGCAGAAGCCAUCGGCUCCGGCCAAUGGAGGCACAGAGAAACAGAGGUAUCCGCCAUUUGUGUAUGAACAAGUGGGUUACGAAAUGCAAAAAGAGGAGAAAUGGAAGCUGUUUUCCAAUGGCCCUCAUGGCCAAGGGUCCAUGACGAAUUCGGAUUCAGAAUCCUCCAACUAUUCGGGAUCGCCAAUGAAAGCUAUAGAAAACCUGGAGUCUGAGGUGAGAGAGAUAAAACGUCACGUGGUGGCCAUGGCGUGUCGGAUAACAGAGCGAGAGUCAAAGGAUUACAUCGGCAAAGAAUGGAAAGUCGUCGCUCUAGUUCUCGAUAGGAUUUUCUUUUUUAUCUACCUGGGCUGCAUCAUUGUCUCUGUGUUCACCAUUUUCCCCAGAGCCAACAACACAGCUGUUUAGUUAUACUGUUGGCGCACAAACCAUACUACUAAAUGUGUUGGUGCAUGAUGCAAACGACAUGCUGUUUUAUGGUUCGGAUUCAUGGAAAGGAAGCUAUUAUAUCCUUGAAAGGCCACCAAAACAUUAAUGCCACACUAUGUUUUAUGUGGAGAACACACCUAGACAUCGUUAAAUAUGUAUCAUUAUAUAUGUGCUACUAAAUGUGCGUCUGGAGUCCAGCCACUGAUGUCAACAAUGUCUUAUGAUAAUAUACGGAGCCUGGACAGCCAUGAAAAUAAGCGCUGCGAUGACUGCAACAAACAA